UCCCCUCCGGACGUUUUCCGCGUCGGUGCAGCGCUGCUGCGUGGGGUCGGUCAUGUACAGAAGAGCGAUUUUAUCUGUUUAUCAGCGCAGAAGCGCAUUAAAGCCCCCGCGGGACCCCCGACUCGGCCCCCCGGCAUGGACACACCUGGCCUGUGUUCCCGUUUUCAGGGCUGCGGUCCAGCUGAGCCGGAGAGCGUUCGGGAGCGCUGGGGUCCAGCUCUGUGAGAAGAAAGAAGGAGCACCUGCGCCUGUCGCAGAGGAGGUAAAGAACGGCGGAGAGACGACGGAGGAGCUGCAGACAGAGCCCAAGAAGAGGGAAGGUGCAGCGUCUAAAACGGAGAAGGAGCUGAAGGACAAGAUCGAAAACAGAUCUUUCCAAGAGACGGCGGCUGUACAAACUGACAACACAGUCAAAGCAAAAGCUCAGAGUCCAGACUUCAGAACAGAAUCUGAGUCUGACUCUGAUUCUGACUCUGACUCUGACUCUGACUCUGACUCUGAAGCCGUGAGUCGGGCCGGAGCUAAAACAGAAGAGAACAAGAUCACAGAGUCAGCAGAAGAACGGAAAUCAACCCCAGCAUCACCAGAGAAAGCUAAAGAUAAUGAGAAGGUGGGAAAGAAGGGUCUCCUGGAGCUGCUGGGGGCCAUGAAGGUUGAGGUGACCACCAAGCGCAAACUCAAAGCCCCCAAGAUCCAACGGAGUGGGCAGGAGGCUCCACCCAGGCCUGGGGAGAUGGAGAGCACCACCAGCAUGUUCCAGCAGGCCACCAGCGAGGCGGCGUCACAGAGUGAGACUCUGAGUCCAGAGCUCGUUGAGGCUGCUUCCGCAGCUGCGUCCACUUUGCCGGACAGCACUCAGGCCAAAUCCGAGCUCCUCCGGCAGCUUCGGAAACACGAAGCCGUCUCACAGGAGCAGAGAAAAGGAGAAACGCACGACAUCGGGAACAUAAUUGCUGAUAUGAAGGUGGGCAGGAGGCUGAACGGCCGACCGAACGCCAGACCGGCCAAUCAGAUUCGCUUUGAUGAAGAUGGACGAGGAUACACGCACGACCGCGGCAUCACCAGCGAGCUGGACGGAGUCCGCAGGAGGAAGAAUCCUUUCCUCACUAAAAGGCUGAGCAUCUUCCCUGUUGGUGCGGAACAGGAGCCGGACACCGAUCUGGCCGCAGGUCCCACGCUUUGGGACGCUGAUCUGGCCAGUCAGAUCGUCCAGGUGGUAAACCAGCGGCCCCGGAACGGCUUUGAGGAGAUGAUUCAGUGGACCAGAGAAGGAAAGCUGUGGCAGUAUCCCAUCAACAAUGAAGCAGGCAUGGAAGAAGAGACCAGCGUGCCGUUCCAUGAACACGUGUUCCUAGAGCGCCACCUGGAGAACGGUUUCCCCCAGCAGGGCCCUAUCAGACACUUCAUGGAGCUGGUGGUCACUGGCUUGGGCAAGAACCCCCACCUGUCUGUCAAACAGAAGCUGGAGCACAUCGCCUGGUUCAGAGAUUAUUUCCAGCAGAAGCAGGACGUUCUGAACGAGGCCGAGACAUACUGAGCCGUUUACUCUGCACAGCAACAAGAAAUACGUGUAAUUUAUUUGUCGAGUGUAAGAUUUUCAGUACAUCCACUGUAUGGGCUCAACAUUCACUGUCAUGAAUCAUGUCAUUUUGUCGCAGAGCUUCCUUUGGUUGUGCUUUAAUCCAAAGUGUUUUGCUGGUCUGUCCUGUAACAAUAAAUAUUGGAAUAUUGGAAUAGAAAA